GAAGAUAUUUAAAGAAACAACUUAUGAUUCUCUUUGCAGCACUUACAAAUACAGGGUUAGCUACCCAGAAUCAUAAACAUGAGAUGGGCAGUCAUAUAAAUUGAACUAAUAAAUAAAGAAAUACUUGGGAAGUAUUUCCCAAGAAGAAUUCAACUUUAGAAUAUUCUUAAAAAAGAACCCUUGAUCAUAUUUUACUUGUUCAAUUCAACUAUAUUUCUUUUGCUUUUGUAGGCUGCUUGGCAGUCGGAAGGCUUAUAAUAAAUAUUCAGGGCUAUCACUAGUGGAAAGUAUUUUUAAUCCAAUGUAUGGUCCUGUUUGUGUAUGAUCCUGUUUUGCAAAGCAGAAAUCCUCCCAGGUAGCACCUGACGUUGGAAGGCUAAUAUGAAAACUGGCCACAAAGCUUCCCCGCCAUUAGGUGUUUCUGAAUUGUAUUUUUGACCACUAUGUUGCCUCCCUUCCCUGUUUACAUAGUCAUAAGAGGUAAGGCUUAGCCAAAGUUAAUUUGACAAAGUCAACUCCUCUCACUCAGUUGAUGAGGCAGCUUUAUAUAAAGUCACAGAUUGUUCUGCUGUGUUAUAGUUCCGAAAGAUCAAGCUGCUCCUAAGAUCUGUAUGAGAGUCCUCCAUUAAUUUAAAUACUGCAGUGUACUAUCCAUUCACCAAAAAGAAAAGAAGAAGAAAAAGGUGAUACAAUGGAAUCACUGGAUAAAACAAUCAAUAGCUACCUGGAUGUUUGGCUUGGGCCAAGAGAUCCCAGAGUAAAAGGAUGGCUUCUCUUGACGAACUACAGACCUACCUUUAUCUUCUCUGUCUUAUAUUUAUUAAUUAUAUGGCUAGGACCAAAGUAUAUGCGGAACCGACAGCCGUUUUCAUGCAGGGGAAUUCUAGUGGUCUACAAUAUUGGACUUACUCUUCUGUCCUUCUAUAUGUUUUAUGAGCUGGUGACGGGCGUAUGGGAAGGAGGAUACAAUUUCUUCUGUCAGGAUACGCACAGUGGAGGUGAAGCUGAUAUGAAGAUUAUACGGGUCCUCUGGUGGUAUUACUUCUCAAAGCUCAUCGAAUUUAUGGAUACUUUCUUCUUUAUAUUACGAAAAAAUAACCACCAAAUCACCAUUCUUCAUGUGUUCCACCAUACGACUAUGUUGAAUAUUUGGUGGUUUGUUAUGAACUGGGUACCUUGUGGCCACUCAUAUUUUGGUGCCACUCUUAACAGUUUUAUUCAUGUCCUCAUGUAUUCCUACUAUGGACUAUCUGUUAUCCCAUCUAUGCGCCCAUAUCUCUGGUGGAAGAAAUACAUCACUCAGGGACAGCUGGUACAAUUUGUUCUGACAAUCAUCCAGACAACCUGUGGCGCCAUUUGGCCUUGCUCCUUCCCUAUGGGAUGGUUAUACUUCCAAAUUGGUUACAUGAUCUCCUUGAUUAUCCUUUUCACAAAUUUCUAUGUCCAGACUUACAACAAAAAAGCAGCCUCCAGAAGGAAAGAAUAUCAGAAUGGAUCCGCAGCUGCUAUGAACGGGCACACAAAUAGCUUUUCUUCUUUUGGGAACAAUGUGAAGCAAAUAAAACAAAGAAAGGAUUGAAGACCAAACUGAAAAACUAUUCUGAUAUCCCAGGCAACAACAACAACAACAAAAUCUGAUUGUAAGCACAAUGUGUGUUGUGCACUGAUAACUCUUGACAGCUACUGUAACUAUUCCUGCCUAGAAUAGUGUCGAUUUAUGUAGGAUUUAACCAGUGCAAAACAUCCUAGAAACUGUCCAUAAGCUAAAGUUGAUGAUGUUGAUAAUCCUGGAGGAUCAUAGACUGAAGCAUAAAAUGUGGAAGGUGGUAUUAUUGUAGUAUGACAGACACUGCUGUUGCCUUACUAGUCAAUAUAAUAGGUGCUGAAUUAGGAUUCACGAUUCCAAAACUGUAAUUCAGACUCAUAUUUUUAAUUGUAGAUAGUGCAUGUUACUGUAAUUUGUAUGACAAAAUUCAGUUCUUUUUUUCUUUUCAGCAGUUUAAAACACACAUGCCUUAAAUCAAAAUAAAAGCAGGGCCUAAAAUCUAAUUACCAGUUUGAAAAUGUAUGGAACUGUUUCAUUCUAAGGGAGCAGCUUCUCAAAUGGCAUUUUUAUGGCCCUGGUACGGAUACCAAACGGAGAAGCACAGGGUCAUUGAUGAAAAGUUCACAUACAUAGACAUGUGGGUCUCCCCACAUGUUCAAGCGUACAGCCUCAUUUCCUGUGGAGGGAUUAUAUUUCCAUACCGAUGAUAACGAUCUCCUUAAUGACCCCUUUUUACAAAUGACUAUUUUCAGGUCUAGAAUAUAAAAAUGUCUAUCUACCAAACCCGGAAAGCUAGGGUAAAUCCCCUGUUAAACCCUUCACCCAUACCAAGUAUCAUUGGCGCAGUAUGUGUGCAGCCUGUUUUGAGGGAGGCAUCUUUUCAGCCGAGGUGCAACGUUGUUUAAUUCCUUUCGCAAAUCAAAAGAGACGCAGUGGGCUGUCUGUGACGUGACGCUCAAAGGCGCUCAUGCUUCUAUAUAUGCUCUGUUUGAAAUGACACCAGUGCUAAAAAAAUA